CUCCCCUAUACGACCGUUCACCGCCAACUCAAAUUCACUGCCUUCCCCACUUUUAAUAUCCUUUCCCUCUUUUUUUUUUUUUUUUUGUUAUCUUUUUCUCCGGAGAUCUUUUUAGAAUUUGAUUUUAAAAAAGAAGAAGAAAAUUUAGCAAAAGAAAAAAAAAAGCUUGGCGAAGAAAGUUCGCUACGUUUCGACGGUGAGAGAUUGUUUUGCGCUGAGGCAAAAUCGAUUCUCCGGCGCAAAUUUCACCGGUUUUGUCCGGAAUGGGAGUUCCGACCGACGACGCCGUUGUGAUCCAAAAAGGAAAGAAAAAUGGAGAUCCUCACGUAAUCACUGUUAAUUGUCCCGAUAAACAUGGUCUCGGAUGCGAUAUUUGUCGUAUUAUUCUUGAUUUCGGACUUUACAUCACCAAAGGAGAUGUUUCGACGGAUGGAAUUUGGUGCUAUAUGGUCUUUUGGGUUGUUCCUCAUUCGAGCUCACCUUUUGUUAGGUGGCCGAGUUUGAAAAACCGGCUUCAAUCGUUAUGUCCUUCUUGUUCAGUGACGUUUCACUUUGAAGGUCAAGCUUCGAAUUCCUCCGCCGCCGCGGCGUCUCCGGUUUACUUGUUGAAGUUCUUUUGCCUUGAUCGGAAGGGAUUAUUACAUGAUGUAACACAGGUUCUUAGUGAGCUUGAGCUCACAAUUCAAAAGGUGAAAGUUACUACAACACCUGAUGGCAGAGUCCUCGAUCUCUUCUUUAUAACCGAUAACAUGGAGCUUUUACACACAAAAGAACGACAAGAUGAUACAUAUAAACAGUUAAAUGCCGUGUUGGGUGAAUCAUGUAUCAGUUGUGAACUCAAGUUGGUUGGUCCUGAGUAUGAACGUCAUCAUGGUAUCUCAUCACUUUCUCCUGCUAUAGCGGAAGAGUUAUUCCGUUUCGAGCUAUCGGAUAAAGAGACUCGUUCCCAAGCUCUUAGCCCAGAUAUGGCGAAAUUGAAGAAAGCUACUGUGGUGGUUGACAAUUCAUUGAGCCCAGUUCAUACAUUGCUUCAGAUAGUUUGUGUGGAUCACAAAGGUCUUUUCUACGAUGUCUUGAGAACUUUGAAAGACUGCAAUAUCAAGAUAGCUUAUGGUCGAUUCUCAUUGAACUCCAAAGGUUAUCGUGAUCUAGACUUAUUUAUUCAGCAAAAUGAUGGGAAAAAGAUUGUGGAUCCCGAUAAGCAAGACGGAUUAUGUUCUCGUUUGAGGAUGGAAAUGCUUCAUCCAUUGCGUGUUAUCAUUUCGAACCGAGGGCCAGAUACUGAACUUCUGGUUGCUAAUCCGGUUGAGUUAUCUGGAAAGGGAAGACCAAGGGUUUUCUAUGAUGUUACACAAGCUUUAAAGUCUCUUGGAAUUUGCAUAUUCUCGGCUGAAAUCGGAAGACAUUCAAGUUCGGAACGGGAAUGGGAAGUGUACAGGUUCCUUUUGGAUGAUAACUGCAAAUUCAAAUUCUCAAGUAUUGGAGGUAGAAAUCAGAUUGUAGAUAGAGUUAGAAGAUUACUCAUGGGAUGGUAAGAAUGGUCUUCUUCUUUGUAUCUUAUGAUUCCUAGCAUCACCUGAGUGUCCAAACCCGACCGAGACCACAAGCGCAAAGUUCCGAUCCGCGUUUGUAUGUUGACGCAUUUAGCUUCUUUGUAUUGUCAAAUAAACCUUUUAAAAUAACUACCAAGUGAACAUAUCUCACCGAA